UGAGCCUCAUCCGUGAAGAUAAGCGAUAUUUUCUGUGAAAAAGGGUCAUAGAAGAGAAAAAUCAAAUUUGUUGCGAAGGGCAAAAGCUACGCUAACUUAUAUCCAGUUUAUAUUGAAAUAUGGCGCACGUGCCGUCAGGGUUCAAAAUUCGUUGUUAUCCGAAGGUUUUAUCCGACAAUUGCACAAUUGACUCUUACAAAAACAAAUAAAUUUUGUGUGAAAUCAUUUUUCUUCUGAAACUUCUCCAAAUAUUACAAAGAUGAAAUGGUUUGAAGGUAACAUUGCAUCAGCAAUCAGCACUGCUAAGACUUGGAAUGCAAUUUUCGUCGUAUAUUGUGAAGGUACUGAUGAAAAUUCUAAACAAAUGACGGAAUGGUUAAAUAGUGAUUUAGUUUCAACUACACUCGAGUCAAAAAAGUUUGUUUCAAUCAAAAUCCAGAGUGAUAAAGAAGAAUAUAUUCAGUUUGCUAAAAUUUAUCAACUUGUACCAGUUCCAUCUAUUUUCUUCAUAAGGAAUGGAACUCCGGUUAAAAUCAUCACUGGGGCAGUUAAAAGUGCUUUAGAGCUCAAAGAUGAGAUUGACAAGUUAAAUGAUGAUAGUGACUCAUCAGAAAUUUUAAUUCAAACCGAAAGAUUGUCAAAUAUAAUUCCACCAAGCACUUCUGCUGUGAAUCCUGAAAUAGAAUGUGAAGAAGGUGUUUGUUUUAAGAAACCAGAGUCAAGUGUUGCGGCUGAGAAAAUUGAAACAGCAGAAGAGAAGGAAGAAAAAAUAAGGAAAGCAAUGAAAUUGAUCGAGCAAAAGCGCAUUGAACGAGUUGAAGAAGAACGUCGUUUAGAGAAAGAACGAGAGAUUCAACGUCGCAAAGAAGGUCAGGAGAUGCAAAAUCUUAGAAAAUGGCAAGAAGACCAAGAACUAAAGCAGAUCAAGGAAGAAAGAAUGAAGGAGAAAAUGGAAGCGAAAGCUGCAAGACAACGCGUUCUUGAACAAAUCGAACAAGAUAAAAAGGAACGUGCUCAAAGGUUUGGAAGUCAAUCGUCACCGACAGAAGCAAAAACUUCACCAGCAGUCGCAUCUACGCCUCCUUCAACAUCACAAACUGCAAAUACAUCGAGAAUUCAAUUUAAGAAACCCGAUGGAGAGAGCGAGAUUGUCACAUUCGACAGCGACAUGAUCUUUGCUGAUGUUCAUGCAUUUGUCAAGAACGACAUUCUCCGUGGAUCAACAAAAGAUUUUGCUUUGGCUACAACUUUCCCAAGGAAAGAAUUUACUCAAGAUGAUUUCGAUAAAACUCUGACUGCACUCGGUUUAAUCCCUUCCGCAGUUUUGCUAAUCAUUAUUAAGAAGACGACAUCGUUCCAAGGACCAAGUAGCGUUUUGCCUACACAAACUGAUGGAAGUUUUCUCGCAAUGAUUGGAGCAUUAGCUGUUGGAUUAUUCUCGCCUAUUGCAACACUUUUUACAUAUUUAAAAAAUUUUAUUUUGCGAAAGCCUCAAUCAUCAGAUGAGGUGAAUGAAGCGGGAAAAAGAAAGAGAAAUGAAGAAACUUUGGCGGCAAAUGACGCCGCAAAAAAACGGAACUUGAAAGCUUUCAACAAUCCGCCAGCUUCAGGAUCUUCUCAAAGUUCAACAGGUGCAAUCCCCAAGACAACUGGCGCUUACAAAAGACAAACUUCGUCAGCUUCAAGCAACGUUCAUCGAUUACAUCAAGACUCCGACUCGGAAGAUGAUGAAAGAAAAACUUGGAAUGGAAAUUCAACACAGCAAAUGUAAAAGUAUUUUAUGUCAUCAUCAUCAAUUUUUUUUUUUAUUGCUUUCAUUCGUCUAUUUUGUUGUUGUCGAUAUUAUUGAUUCAAUUUUCAAAGAAAAUAAAACAUGUUUAAAAUGAUUAUCAGCAAU